ACCGCCUCCCAGGCACCGGAUGCCAGCUUCCAUUCCACCUCGCAUUCUUCGUCCUGUUCCCAUCUUCACGAAUCCCUGUUCCUGCGCGCUAUUCACAGAGAACCAUGCAGCAAAGCGAAGCUUUUCCUUUGCUGACGCGCAGAUCGCCGCCGCCGCAGAUCCAGACGGACCAGCCGGCAGAGGACGACGGUCCGGGCUCGUCUUUAUCACCCGUCGAAUCACCAGUGUUGUUUGGCCAGGCUCAGCAGCAGGGUCUCCGCGUCGACCUGCACUUCCCCGGACUCACCCCGCGAGUGAUUCAUACUCCGCAGCACACGCUCACGCCGACUGCACGCAGCCAAAUCUCAGGCCUCUUCAGCACGCCCGAGCAGCGCUCUGCCUCGCCGCGCGGCAGGCUCGUCGAGCACAGCUCCGGCCGCUCAACGCCGGUCUCGAUGGCCUCCUCGCAUACCAGCCAGCGCGCGACUUUCUCUUCACUGCCGCAGACUCCCACCGAUGCCAGUACCCGGAUGUGGUAUGACGAUUUCACGACAAUCGACUGGGUGCACGACUUCAUCAAGGAGUCGUUCCGCGUCAAGUGGCUCCGCGAGCAGCCUGGCAUCCGCGGCCGUCUGCAGCGCAUGCGGUAUGCUUCUCAAGGCUGGAUUCUGGUGUCGAUUAUAGCAUCUUGUGUGGCCGUGCUUGCGUACGGGAUCGAGAGUUCGCAGGCGCGUAUUUUUGACUGGCGAGAGGGUUAUUGCUCGACCAAGUGGUAUGCGCCGCAAUAUGAGUGCUGCGCCGACAGCACAGGGACCUGUCCCGCGUGGGUGAAGUGGAACGUUGGGUUCAGCGGGGCCGGAUUUUUGGACUACGGUCUUUUCAUCGUGUCGUCUGUGAUUCUUGCCGUUCUGGCAGUCUCGUUGACGCUCACGACAGCAACUAAUACUCCGUUCCUAAAGACCCGCGGGCGAGGGCAAAAACAGCCCGAAUCAACAAACGCAAAUAUCAGAGAAGGCGCGCCGGUAUCGGUUGGAAAGGAUGCGGGUUAUAGAAACCGCGAUGCAGAGUCCAAGACGGUCAUGUACACCGCUGCUGGCGGUGGUGUUGUCCAGGUGAAAACAAUUCUCUCGGGCUUUGUCAUUAAGAAAUUUUUGGGAUCGUACACGCUGCUGAUAAAGUCAAUUGCGCUCGUGUUGGCGAUUUCGUCUGGUCUGAAUGUGGGGAAAGAGGGACCGUACGUGCACAUGGCGGCCUGCGUGGGCAAUAUUGCCUGCCGGCUGUUUAGUAAAUUCCGAGACAAUGACGGAAAGAGAAGAGAGAUUAUAUCAGCGGCGACUGCUGCCGGUGUUGCGGUCGCGUUCGGAUCACCUUUGGGCGGCGUGUUGUUUGCUCUCGAAGAGGUGUCGUAUUACUUCCCACAGAAGACGCUGUUCCGCUCGUUUCUCUGUGCUGUGAUCUCUGCGCUCGUGCUCAAGUUUUUGAAUCCGUACGGCACCGGGAAGAUUGUGAUAUUCGAGGUGUCGUACAGCCAUGACUGGUAUACGUUUGAGUUUUUCGUUUUUGUGUUUAUCGGUGUUUGCGGAGGCGUGUUGGGGGCGCUGAUUGGAGUUAUAAGUACCUGGUGGGGAAAGCGUGUUGCGUCUGUGAGGAGCAAGCAUCCUAUUUUGGAAGUGGUCGGGAUCGCUGCCGUCACGGCCGCUGUGUCGUACUUCAACGUGUACACAAAGAAGGCGCCGACCGAGCUGUUGUAUGAUCUUGCGCGGCAGUGUACCUUCACUUCUGAUCUACCAGGAGAGAUGGGACUGGAGAAUAGUGACAUUCUGUGCCCGUACGCGCCCGGGAUGUAUUCGAACGCGAUCUGGUCGCUGGUGGUAGCGCUGGUGAUCAAACUGAUUCUGACGUCUAUGAGCACGGGGCUCACGAUCCCUUCCGGACUAUACGUGCCGUCGAUGGUGAUUGGCGCGUUAUUUGGUCGGAUGAUUGGACUUUUAGUGCAGUUGCUGCAGUACCACAAUCCGGACCUGUUUCUGUUCAGCUCGUGCCCGGCCGGUAGUUCUCCCCAGGACUGUACGAUCUCGGGUGUAUACGCGUUAGUAGGGGCGGGUGCGGUGAUGGCGGGGGUUACGCGGAUGACGGUCACGCUCGCGGUCAUUCUGUUUGAAAUCACAGGAAGUCUGGACCAUGUGCUGCCGAUCUCUGUCGCGAUCCUGGUUGCGAAAUGGGUUGCGCAGAUAUUAGAGCCCGAGUCGAUAUACGACAUCAUCAUGCACGUCAACAAUUUCCCGUUUCUGGAUAACCAGCGCACGCCAGGAUUUUCGUCCACGCUGCGAGAAAUCGUGCCAAAGGCUACGAUUUCCGCGACGAGCCCCGUGAUUGACGUGACGGAUAGUCCGUACAUCUCAGCCUCUGUGCUGCGGACAAAGCUGAAUUUCCUGCAGAUGGCGGGCGAGUUCGACGGCUCGCUGCCGAUUCUGCGCGCGCAGGUGCUCGUGGGCUUGCUGCCGGGGCCGGAGCUUGAGUUUGCGCUGGACAAGAUCAAGGAGAGCACGGCGGCGUCGAAUUCGGUAUCGUACAGUGAUUUGACGGAGAUCGAGGACAGCGACGAGCCGAUCUGUCAUAUUUCUGCGGAUGAGCAUGAGGUGCAGCAGUUUUACCUAGACAGGUCAGCGCAUCAUCGGGAGUAUCACAAACGCGUGAACGCGCGGGAUAUCAGCGGCGGUGGCGGACAAGCGGAAGCGACGGCAUCGGACGCGACGAGCACGGCGACGACGAGCGUGGAGGUGGUGGACUUGACGCCGUUUGUGGAUCGCGCGCCGAUCAGUUUGGAUAUCAACUCGCCGCUUGCGAUGGUGCAUUUGCUGUUUGUGAAGAUGGGGCUGCGGAUGGUGUGUGUGAUGGAGGACGGCAAGUUUUGGGGGGUGUUGCAUAAGAAACGGUUUAUUGAGUAUUGCAGGUUUGGAGAGGAUAACAUGACGACUUGGUUUUAGAUGGUUUUGUUUUGUUUAGUUUUGUUUAGUUUUGUUUAGUUUGCUUGGAUUGUUUUAUAUCUGAGAGUUUUCAUUAUAUGUGGAUCUGGAGUAUAGUAUGUUAUGAGUCGGUGGUUGAAUGCAUGGAAUUAAGAAUAAUCAAGAGUAGACGGUGACUAGUCGGAAAUGGAGAAGGAAGCGAGCGGAUAUUUAUCUGUCAGGGAAGUGUACCUUAGCAGUAUGAAGGAGUUGUCAUGAAGUAGUCAUGCAAUUACUGAGCGGUCGGUAUACGAGUAAUCUUAAGACAAUUAAGAUGAAUGAACGCGAGUACCGAUCUAUGUCGACGGUGCGGGAGACGGAGAAGGGGCCGAUAAGACGAGGGAUGAUAGACGA